AUGCCUGCCAUGGCAUUGGGUACCUUUGCCUGGUCGCCGGAAAUAUUCCACUCGAGAUAUUCCUUCUACUACGAGGGCGACGGGCUCCUGAGCUCGUUCCGCGACGACUCGCUGAGCGAAGAUGCCCCGACGCUCUGGGAGCAGAAGCUCCCCUGGUACCGCUCCAAGUACCGCAGGCCGCUGGCGGUCGCGGGGUGCCUCAUCGCCCUGCUCGGGGGCGCGGUCAUCAUACAAGCGGUGCAGCUCUCGCGGCACCACGCGGCCACCGUGACCGGCUUCGAGGCCGGCAAGUCCGGGCGGUGCGGCUUCACGGCGACCGAGGCCAUGGAAAAGGGCUGCGUCUUUGACUACAUGAACUUUAGCUGGCAGCCGGCCGAGUGCUACGACCCGGAGCUGGACAAGGAGCACGCCGCGAGGAUGCGGGCCGAGCGUCCCGUCCGGUGGUGGGCGGACGCGAACCUCACGAUGCCGCUGCCGGACGACAAGGAGGUGCUCAAGAUGUACGGCGAGGUGUGGGUGGAGCGCAGGUUCCACUACAAGCAUUGCAUGUACAGCUGGGACAGUCUGCACCUGAGCUACGAGGACGGCCGUCCCAUUCCGGAUCUUCAGACCGUUCACCACUCGAGGCACUGCGCCCACACCUUGGACAAGGCCAUCAAGGUGGACAAUGGCACCGAGGUGCUCAUCGAACAUGCUGUUACCUGGUUCUCUGCAUGCGUCUGGCCUAGCAGGUAG